GCACAAAUGAUGUUUAGAUUCGAUGACCCAGUAUAAUAGACAUCAUUAAUACAUAGUACUAAUGGGAAAUACCUGUGCAUGAUUAGGUGAUUAGUCUGGAUGUCGUUUCCUGUUGAUCCUGACUUUAUUUUUGUUCUCUUGUGUGCCCUUUCCAGGACAGAGUAUGCCAUCUGCACCUUUCCACAGAAUCCUACGACCCCUUCUGCUCGGCACGUUCAUACUGGGAUGCUUUGUGACUCUGUUUUUUAUGUAUUUUAAACCAUCCACCAGCUGGUUAUCAGGUCAUUUCGAGUCAACAGUAUACACAGACCGGGAAAAGAGCCUCUUCUCCACCGUCAGUGAUAAAAACGUGACCACCGUGCUGAUCUGGCUCUGGCCUUUUGGACAUACAUAUGAACUGGGCGUGUGCAGCUCCCUAUUUAACAUCGAGGGCUGUUUCAUCACCGCGGACAGGAACUUCUACAACAAGUCGGAUGGGGUCAUCAUCCAUCACGGAGACAUUAGUACCGACCUGUCCAAUCUGCCGCCUGUCCAGCGACCAUCCUUCCAGAAGUGGGUAUGGAUGAACUUGGAGUCGCCGACGCACUCCUCCCAGCUCCCUGGGAUCGUGAAGAUGUUCAAUCUGACUCUCAAUUACCGUCAGGAUGCUGAUAUUGAAGUGCCUUAUGGGUCCAUCGUAGCAGCGGAGGGCGAGGAGGACUUUGUCCCACCCAGCAAAAACAAACUGAUCUGCUGGAUUGUGAGCAACUGGAACCAGAACCAUGUGCGUGUGAAAUACUACAAUGAGCUGUCCAAACACAUUGAGGUUCACGCGUACGGACGAGCCUUUUGGAAGCACAUCACUGACCAGGACUACUCUCCCACCAUCGCCAGCUGCAAGUUCUACCUGGCUUUUGAGAACUCCAUCCACAAGGACUACAUUACUGAAAAAAUGUAUAACCCGCUCUCUGUUGGGUCAGUGCCAGUGGUUCUCGGCCCUCCCCGGCAGAACUACGAGAACUUUAUCCAGGGAGACGCCUUCAUCCACGUGGACGACUUCACCUCGCCCAAGGAGCUGGCCCAUUACCUGUUGAUCUUGGACAAGAACGAGGAAAUGUACCUCAGGUACUUUGAGUGGAGGCGGCACUUUAAAGUAAAGAAGGCCUAUUUCUGGGCAGAGCACACAUGCCUGGCUUGUGAUUACCUGCGUAGGCACAAGGAGUACAGGGUAGUCAAUAACCUUGACAAGUGGUACUGGGGAGAAUAGGGCUUUGAAGAGCUAUGCAGUGCUUUUUUUAUGUUAAAGGCAGUGCUUUAAGAUUUGUGUCCUUCAGUUAACUAGAUGGUUCAUUACUGUUCUGUCAAGAUCUCCCAAAUUAUGUUUUUCUAUUGGUUCAGUGGCCCAGUGAGACAUCCAUCUUGUGUUUUUAUUAUUAUUUGCAAGCCAAUUUUGCUACACCGUACUUUGCCUUUUGUGUUAUUCACACCCACCUUUUCUUUUGAAAAACUGGGUGACAUACUAUCGCCCUUUAGUCCCUCUCUCUUGUCUUUCUCUCCUUUCUUUUCUUUUUGAAAGCCUGACUUUGUUAGUCAUUGAGACAUGUGU